CCUCUUGCACAUCACAAUGUCCGCAUCACCGCUCACAAUUGUUGUGCGCCCCCGAGGCCGCCCGAUCAAAAACCUUCCCGAGACGAUUACCGUCAGCGCCGACGCCUCGACCUCUCAGAUCUUUGAGGAAAUCGCAAAAUCUUCACGCUUCUCAAUCCACCGCCUGCGAAUCACAAAGGGCAGCGAUGGGUCCCCAAUACCAAACACCAAGGAUGUCAGGGUACACGACACAGGCUUGAGGAACAAGAGCGCCGUCGACGUCAAGGACUUGGGGCCACAGAUAUCAUGGCGAACUGUCUUCAUCGUCGAAUACCUCGGACCCCUCCUCAUCCACCCGCUCAUCUACUUUAGCCGCCCUCUGAUCUACGGCACCUCUGCGCCCCCGUCCCAGCUCCAGACACUCACCCUGGCCAUGUGCGUUGUGCACUUUGCCAAGCGCGAGUUUGAGACGCUCUUUGUGCACCGUUUCUCGUCGGCCACCAUGCCCGCAAUGAACAUUGUGAAGAAUAGCGGCCACUACUGGCUCCUUUCUGGCUUGAACCUGGCUUACUGGAGCUAUGGUCCAAACAGCCCGGCAGCAGGACGCCCGCAUCCUCUACUCACAUACCUAGGUAUUGCCUUGUUUGCCAUUGGCGAGGUGUGUAACUACAGUACACACGUCACGCUGAAGAACUUGCGUCGUCCAGGCAGUACCGAACGCGGUAUCCCUCAGGGCUUGGGCUUCAACCUGGUAACAUGUCCCAACUACAUGUUUGAGUCGAUGGCCUGGCUCGGCGUGGCCCUCAUCAAUCGUAGCCUCUCGACGGUGCUCUUCAUUGUCAUUGCUGUUGGCCAGAUGGGCGUGUGGGCAUGGAAGAAGGAGAAGAGGUAUCGCAAGGAAUUUGGCGACAAGUACAAGCGUAAGAGGUACGCCAUUCUGCCAGGCAUCUGGUAAAUGGCUUGCGUCACGCGACCUCAGAUGGUCGGGGGGGUUAGUGGUCCAACCAUGGCUGGUGCCAAUGCUUUUUACCAACAUCGUUACACAGCAUCUGUACUCAUGGGCUUGGGUGUGUAAAUGCGGAGUGCAUCGCUGAUUAGGCUGCCUACAUGCUGGAUCCUGAGCCAAGCGGGAGGGCCGGCAACACGGGGGGAUUGUUUUCCUGCUGCGUCCAGCUCGAUGCAAGCAUCUAGGCAUCCAAAGCUCCUCAAUCCCCAAUGACUAAGGCCGAUGCAAAAUUUCAUGCAAGAUUUGAGUAGUUUAGGCUUUUCCAUUUUUCUAAUAGUAGUGGUAGAAGUGGUAAGGUAAUCGCUAGAUCCAUAAUCACGGAGCGAGAAAUAGUUUAAAAUCGCAUUCCUUCCAUCCGGAUCACAA